AUGGCAGGUGUGCUGAAGAAGACCACUGGCUUCAUGCGACUGGCUGUAUGCAAGAGUUCACACAAGACAACAGAACCAGAUGUUAAAAAAUUAGAAGACCAACUUCAAGGUGUUCAAAUAAAAGAGGUGAUUCUUCAGGUUGAAAGUGAACUAAGUCUGGCAAGAAAAAUGAUACAGCGGAAAUGAUAGGAGAUGUUCAUGGAAGAGCCUCCUGCCAAUCAAUGGAAAUGGCCAAUGUAA